AUGCCUCAAAUAAGAAGGGAGACUUUCUUCAGCUUACCGACAUCGAAAAAGGACGACCCGAAAACGCGAAGUACCCAGGAAACUCUUUCCGAAGAACAUUCGAACACGCCGGCGGUGUCGUUAGGGUGGGACGUACCUGGGCCUGACGUUGCAGAAGAGUCGGCGGCGUUUGCUUAUGAGGAUAUGACUACGAUGAAGGAUGCGCCCACUCCCGUGAAGACUCCAGUUCCUGGAACUAAGAAGACCGUGAAGCUGAAAGCCAUUAUAUUCGAUAGCAAUGGCGACUACGGCGACCCCGUUGAAGGUGAAUUCUCCAAGUUAAAGAUUUGCGAACAGCAUGGCCUGCAGCCUCGAGAUAUGCGAAAGAUGGACUCGGUAUAUUCUGCCGGAAAGAGUGCUGCGAUCCUGGUCCGCGACAGAUCGAUUUUGAUCAACCUGCUACAUAUCAAGGCCCUGAUAAAGGCGGAUAUGGUGAUCUUGGUCGACGCACCAGGAUCGGAAAACUAUUCUGAGUUGUUCCUACACGAGCUUAGCAUGAAACUGAAAUUUGAUUCGGGGACCUACGAAUUCCGCGCACUAGAAACAAUCCUCCUUAACACCAUGGCGACGUUACAUGCGGAGCAGAAGAAGCUGUUUUCGCGCGUAAAUCAGACUUUGGCAGAACUAGACAACCGCAUUGACGAAAAGGAGUUGAAAGGCUUGCUGAUAAGCCGACGAAAGCUGGACGAAUCCUCUGCGAAGAUUAAUGCCGUCCGGGAGGCUAUCAGCGCGAUUUUGAAUGUAGAUGAAGAUUUGGCAGCUUUGUACCUGACGGACAAAGCAGCUAGUAAACCGCGUGCAAUUGAGGAUCAUAUGGAAGCCGAACUUCUUAUGGAGCACUACCUCAACGCUGCAGACGACAUGGGCGCCGCCACAAGGCAACUCGCCCAGAACAUUGCCGGCACGCAGGAAAUCAUCAACAUCGUUCUCGCGGCACGGCGGAAUCAGCUGCUUCACUUCGAGUUGAUGGCCAAUCUGAGUAUGGCAUGCCUGGCCUUCCCGACAUUGGUAGCCGGGCUUUUCGGAAUGAACAUGCCCAAUGGUUUGGAGACCUCGGUCGACAGCUUCUGGGUGGUCUUUAGUGCGAUGAUCGUGUUCGCGGGUGGGCUGUGGGUGAUGACGCUCAGGAAACUUUGGAAACUCGCCCUUGAGGCGGGAUACAAGAAGGUGCAAGGCGGUGUACCGUUACAAGGACCGCUGGCGAAUGGGAGAAGAGGUAUCCUCCUAAAGUAG